AUGAGAGGUCGGCCCGUCAUCAGUAUCGAAGAUUACACCAUAUACUGCAGCGAUGCUGAUGAGAAGGAAGUAGGUGGCUGCGCUAUAGCUGUGAGGAACGAUUACAACAACCUGGUGGAGAAAUUUGGCUCAACGUCGUCUAGAUGCGCCUUCGUACGACUGCGCACUGGACGUAAACUCUGGAUAGUAAGUGCCCACGCAUCUAUGGAAACCGCUGAGGACUACAAUAAGGACCCCUUCUACGAUGACAUCAAUGCGUUGGUGUGUAAAAUACCCAGCCAGCAGCUGGUCACUGUCGGAAUAGACGCAAAUGCGAGGAUGGGACUCGAACAGCAAUCCAAUGUGCUAGGAAAAUGGUAUUAUCCAGCAGAGCGCAUGUCGGACAACUGUGACCGUCAGAUUCACUUAUGUGAACAGAUGGAACUCAUCAUCGCUGCCACGUUUAAGAGGAAUCAUCGGCGCCAUCAGCUACCGUGGCAGGGUUCAACCCUUUUAACGCUUAAAGAGCAGCGCAAACGCUCUCAAACUUCAGCUCGACUACGUUCUGACGAGGAACAUCCCUCGUCAGAACGUAGUCGGAUAUCUGAAAGUCCGUUUGGGAUUGUUUGGGAGUUUGGGACGUUGCUUUCGACUCUGCCGAACUGCACGUUUAUUCUGAUGUUUCCACACCUCGUUAAUUUUGUGAUACGCUGCUUUUAA